GUCACUCCUACACUCUUGCUGCCAUGUCCAAGCGCGCGCACUCCAAGAUCUCGACGGGCGGUGUGCUCAACAGUAUGCUGAGCUCCCUAUCGCGUACCAAUGAGUCAGCUCUCACGGCUAAAAAGGCAGAGGCGCAGGUGGCGAAGCUCACGGCUGGCCGCGGGCAGACUAUCUCUGUGGACGAAAACUCAGCCGCACCCGACGCCGCCAUUGCCCAGUUUCUGCAGGAUAUGCGCGCUGCAAUCGAUGAAAAGGGAUUCGGCGCCAAUGUGGAGGUGGAGCUGCGUCUCGGCCGCAUCUCGUCGUGUCUACAGGAUGCACGCUGCCGCCCGUCGCAGGAGGGUGUGGACGCCGCCGUUGUGCUUUCAGACGAGCAGAUGAAGGCUGUAGGCGCUAAGUUCGUGCCUGGUGUAGCUGAUAUGGACUACAAGAGCUUUGUGCGUGGUGUGGAAGGCAUGCUUCGUGGAGACGCGUACUCGGAGCACAAGGAGAAACAGGUAGUGCACAACAUGGCACAAUCCAAGCGUAUAGUGCAGGAUGUUGACCCUCAGACCAACAUGCGCGGCAAGCCCAUGGUGCAGGUGAAGGAGCGCCUCGGCUCCAUCGACAUCUUCAUGCCGCACUGUCAGUAUGACUGUCGCGUGUCUAUCUCGUGCGAGUUCCCCAUGCGCCAACUCGAGGGAGAUAUGAGCGAGAUGCCCGCGGCCGAGAAUAUCCGCCACAAGGACCGUGUAUCGGCUGUCGGACGUGACCUUCGUGUAGACCUCACUAAUCAGCCGGAUGAAAAUGGGCAGAGCUGGAAGUGCGCUAUUGAGAUGUCGUCCUUGUUAUGGAAAAUGGUCAAAUACUUUAUGCCGAACUCGGGUCAGGCGUUUAAGCGCCACUUGGGUCGACUUGGCAUCCGUGGCAAAUUUAGUGGGACGAUGCCCGUGGGCUUUGCGCGCUGGCAUAUUCCACUCGUUCAAAGUCGCGAGUACUUUGUUUCGGAGAAGACGGAUGGUGUUCGCUAUUUUCUUGUUGUGGCUGGUGGCACAACGGUGCUGGUUGAUCGAUCCAAUGCAGCCUUUGCUGCGUCAGGCUUGGACUUGUUGAAGUUGGUGUUGCCUGAAGGCACGGUACUCGACGGCGAACUUGUGUUCCACCAGAAGGAUAAGCGCUAUGUGUUCAUUUCUUUCGACAUCAUCGCGACAGGCCCAUCCGCUGAGGACUCCCAUGUCGAAAAGCCGUUCGUUGAGCGCCUCAGGAUAUUGAACGAUUUUUUGUCGGAAGAGGGGCCGUACGCAUCGGGCAUUCGCAACCUGGACAUCAAUCGCCAUGCGAUACUGCCCAUUUUGCGCAAGAAAUGGGUGCCGCACCGCCAAAUUAUGGAAGUGUUCCGCCAGAUCCAGCGUGUUCAGAAGCGUGACCACAGCCUUGGCCGCAUCUACAGCGACGACAAGCGCGUUCACUAUACGGACGGUGUGGUGUUCUGCCCCAACACGAAAUACGUGACCAACACGAACCAAGAAUACCUCAAAUGGAAGUGGUCGGAUCUCAUCACGGUGGAUUUCCUGGUCACGCUUAGCCAGGCGGGCGACGGCGUUCAGCUAUCGUGUGGCGGUCCUCGCAACACCCAUAUUGAGCUGGAUUCGAUUGUGCGCUUGGACCCGAAGGAUGCACCCGUCGUGCACAAGCUAGUUUCGAGGACGUCCAACCGCCAGGCUGUGCUGGAAUUCGGUUUCAACGCUGACAAAGGCCUCUGGAACUACAAGUGCGCACGCCCAGACAAAGACUGCGCCAACUACAUACGCACGGUCCUUGGCUCGCUUGUAAAUAUGGCUGAGGGUAUCUCAGAGGAGGAGCUCCAGUACCGACUUACGAACCCAAACGGCCAAGAAUGGAACAACCACAUGAAGCGCAUGCGCCGCUCGCUCCUCGAACAGCACAAGUAA